UUUUUUGCUGUUAAGAACAAUUCUGUUUUUAAGUCAAAUUUCAAAGUGUCUAUUCAAUAUUUAUGAUGAGUUUUUAGCUGUAACACUUGAAUUUCCCUUCUGGGUAUUUCAUCCUUAUUUGUUACGUCUUAAUUAAUCCCUGAUAUUUCGGAUCUUCUUUUUAACUCUCUGAAUCUGAUAUAUAUAAAUGUAAAUUAUAAUAUUUUUUACGCAGGCAUAUAAAUCCUAAAUUUAUUACAGUUUUACCUCCACAGCAACCCGUGAUCACUGAUUUUUAAGAUUUUUGAGGAAGAUGAAUCACUACAAUCUUCAGCAGAAUCCCAUUGCCGUUUCCGCUUAUGAGGAGAUGGGAGGGUUUAUCUCUUCAAUAUCGGAGCAUCAUAGGGCCGGCCCCGUUGUUUGCCCUAAGCCUCGGCGAAUUGGGGUUCUCACCAAUAACCCUAUCAAGCCUUUUAGAUUGCAUAUGAGUCACCAAGCCGAUGUAAGUGAAUCGAAAGCCAGUGCAGAACUUCUAGAUAUCAUCCUCAACAAGGGUGAUUUAUGGGCAGAGCAAUCUGCAGCACAGGUAGCAUCUUCACCCCCAUUUUUUUGUGGUUCGCCCCCAAGUAGGGCCACGAACCCAGUUGUGCAAGAUGCUCGAUUUGGUGACGAAAGAGUUGCAGCCCUUUCAGCAUCGCAAAGUCCAUCUCCGUCGCCAUCGGCACAUAAAGGGGGAUUUGUUAGGAUGUCGUUUGGGCUAAAACCAGCGGCAAUUAGAGUAGAAGGAUUUGAUUGCCUUAACAGGGAUAGCCAAAAUUCCAGAAUCCCUGCUAUGGCUUAAAUCUACAGUGUACAUAGAAGGCCACCGUCCGGGAGGACAAAGUAGGGAUGAAUUAGGGAAAUAUGGAUUAUUUUUGGGGAGAAAGAGAUUAACUUGUGUGUAGUAGUGUAUAUAUGAUGUGGUUUUUGGUCUGGUAAAAUCUAUUUGAUUGCUGGGAUGGAAGGGAAGGCAAUGUGAAAGGAUUGAAUUUUCAGGGGAUUGAGCAAAUGAUGAUGAAUCGUAAUAUAAAUGAUUUGAUAUUUUGAUUUUGUAAAUCACCAUGGAGAAGAGGAAGGGAAAUUGUGUAUAGAUCCUAUUGGUAAUUGAAUUUUGUUCUGUAAUUUAUGAUUCAAUAAUUGUCAAAUUUUCUUCCUAUGACA